AUGCUAAACACCGUGGAUGUUAUCGUCUGGGACGAAAUUUCGAUGCAAUCGCGUUUUGCUCUAGAAUGCGUCGAAAGGCUUUUGCGCGAUGUUGCUGCACCAUCUCUCGCCCACACCCUUUUUGGUGGUGUUACCAUGAUUUUAGGAGGAGAUUGGUGCCAAUUUUUACCAGUCAUACAAGGCAGCACGCGACAAGAGACUUUAGAUUCUACAUGCAAGAAUAGCCAAUUUUGGAGACACUUCACGACUUUCACUCUCGAUGAGAAUCUGAGGAUGGGUGCCGAAGAAGAGCAAUAUACAAGAUGGCUUCUUUCCGUCGGAACUGGGGAUAACUUCUACAGUGACGAUAACAUUUUAUUACCAUCCUCUAUGUGCAUGAUUACCGAAGAUGAUGUCAUCGAAUGGAUCUAUACACCCGAGCUCUUGAAUGAUUCCUCAAUGCUCGCGAGAGUUGCUUUGCUGACCGUGCGUAACUGCGACGUAGAAGAACUCAACAUAAAGGUGCCGGAGAAGCUAGCAGGAGGUACGGUUGAUUUAGUCGGAAUAGAUACACCUUCUGUAAAGGAGGACGGCUUGCAUGGAUUACCUUGCGACAACGCGGAGCACUUCCAUAAUAUCAUGCCUGCGUCAUUGCCGCCGUACAUUUUGCGGAUCAAGCCUGGCUCAAUUGUGAUGCUGCUAAGAAAUGUGGAUGUGUCAUCGCAGCUUUGCAAUGGGACAAGACUUGUUGUGAUAUCAUUCCACAAUGAGAACAAGCUCCUUCGUUGCAAGAAUCUGACCAAUGGCGAGGAUGCAUACAUACACAAAAUGAACCUUGAUUAUACUAACGAGAAGACCGUGAAAGGUCCUCAGCAUUGUUUCACUACAGUGAUUGCUCUCCUUUGCCCUUACUACGGUUUGACUUCGUGCUUCUAUCGGACAUCUGCGACAAGAAAGCGUCAAGCUUAUGACGAUUUGAAAGCGUUAGUAAACCAUAGUGGUAGGCUUAUCGUAAGCGAAACUGUUCCCUCACUGCCGGCGAAUGCUCUCGCUCGUCGUAGCCACGGUUGA